UUUGGGAGUGAACGCAGGUGCGAAGUAGGCUGCGGUGAUGAUGGAAGUGGCGACGUUUUGCGCGUGUGACGGACGUUACAGGUCUCUAGACUGAAAAACGAAGGCGAUAAUAAACUUUCUCAGCGACUGUUCAAGUCUGAAGUCUGAAGAAUAUGAAGCUGAAGAAAAAACAGUUAUACCAUACGAAGUGCCUCUCAUGUAAUGGCAAAUUCACAUACUAAUGAAACUAUGUGAUAUUUUCUUGACAUUACGACAUUUUUGAAGGAAAGAAAAAAGACACAGAGAAUAGUUGUUACUCCUCGAACUUAAAGACUGUGUCUCCGUUGCGUUGGGAAUAUAGUUAACUUCUGACAAAGGAAGCAAUAAUCUCUAUUUUUCUUAUGGACAAAAGUAAAAAAUGAUAUCAGGUUCUAUUAGCACUAAAUGAAGAUUCAAAAUCUGCUUUCGUAUGAAAAAUUUGAUUAUCAUUCUGAAAUGCUUAAUAUACAUUGAGAGUAAUUAGAAUUUUAAGAAAAGUUAUAAAUCUGGAUAGAUAGACUAAGUAAAUGUUUAGUGUACAUUACUGGCAUCCAAUUUAUACACUCAUACAGAUUACCUGUAAAUGAUUCAGUAACAAGUUCAUCUUCUGAAAACAAGAUGUCAGACCGCGAAACAGCUACACAUGGAGACGUUAGCGGCAAACAGAAGAGAACCCGAAAACCCAGUGCCAUGCAGAGGAUUCGCAAGAGAGUGGCGAACAGAGAUCCUAUGGAAGUGCUGGUAUUCGAAAGGAAACUUCUAGUGGCUGCUACUGCAGGGAUAGUUCUUGCCUUUAUCCUAUGGACCGUAUCUGUAAGCACGGACUUUUGGUUCCAUGUGACUUCACCAGACGACUCUCCCAUCUAUAUCAAUAGAACCAACACUUUCUUCUUGAGAAGCCACUCUGGUCUGUGGAAAAUAUGCAAACUUGUCUAUCUAAAUGGAUCUUUGGCUGGCUUACCUACCAGGACAUGUCAUAAUCACAGACUCUUUCCUUCAGAAGAAUUCCUAGAGAAGAAUCCAGAGGUGGACAGAACAAUUUUAGGUAAGACUUUAUAG